AUGGUGACAGCGCGGAAGGCGGAUGUAGACAUGGACAGCCAGCAUAUCGGGAGUACGGAGUGGAUGCAGCUGGCGGAGGUGGAGCAGAGGGAACGUAUCGAGAAGGACAUUCUGCAGGAACGCCUUUCUCGCAAGCAAAUGGUCUUGUCUGACCAGGCUCCAGAAGCUAGCGCUUCAUACAUUUUAUCGACCGGGGCCAUCGUCGGAACCAUGAAGGUACUGUUCGAGCCGGUUGGGACGCAGAUCUGCAUCCUGCCUCGCGAGAUUGUCGAAGCCAACCUCCAGGUGAACCUAGAAGUCGGGAAAGGCAUCCCGGACGUGGAUUCGCCAAAGGCGGUGACACCAAAGAAGUUGCAAACUCUCGAAGGAGAAGCAAACAUUCAGAAGAGCCUGGGUGUCGUACGAAAGAUCAUCGGCCGGGGCGACGAGGUCAAAUGCCUGAGACCAAUUGACCUGUCUUGGGAAGAGAAUGCCCGAGAAUCCGCGUUCCGAACGUUGCGAGGCCUGAUGCAGGUGCCGAUUGCCAUCUAUAUCCGCCGGGACCACCAAUGCUUGGAGAUUGCGGAUGCCAUUUGCCGUCGCUGCCACUUGGGUGCCGAUCUUUGGCAGUCCGCGUCUUUGCCAAGCUCAGUGAUCCAUCCCCUGGACUUCUGCACGGACCCGGAUCCAGAGACGGAAGACUGCUCAACAAAGCUUCGUUGGGAUGACACGGACGACGUGCUCGCUGCCCUCAGCGGGGAGCUCGCCUCCUCCCUGGUUCAAGUGAGCCGGAGCAUCACGCCACCCUGUUCGAAGCAACUGGCCGAUUACACAAGGUCAGUGCGCGCAAGGGUCUUCCGCUCGCUUCACCUGGACUUCGCUUGGACGUACCCGAAAGGAAUUUUCGAUUCACUGGACACCAGCUGUUUGAUGUUCGACCAGGAGAGGCUUCUCGACAUCAUUGAUGGCCGCGGGUCGCAAGCUUCCAAGUACGGCAUCACAAACUCUGGACCGUACGGUGUGGCAUACGAAAGAAGAAGCAGGAGCAAAGAAAGCAGCCCAGUACAUCAUUCUUCCAAGGAGAAGAUUUCGGCUGUCAACAUGUUUUCGGAAACCAACUAUGCCGAGAGCAGACAAGGCAAGCGGACGGUGGAGGUGCGCAUCGAUUUGAUUCCGUCGCACGUGACCGAUCUCGUUUUUGUCGUCUCGCCUACAAACUCCCGGGACUUGUCCAAGUUCACCGACCUCCAGAGCAUGGUCAUCGAUGCCGAGUCUUCAGAGGUUUUGGCGAGCAGCUCCGCGGAGGAGCAGAUCAGUCCGGGACAUGAGUGUGCCGUUAUGCUCAGUGUUUACAGACUGGACGACCACCUUUGGCACGUGAACAAGAUCGAUUCCUUUGGCAAGGGGAGCCAUCGGGAUUAUAGGCCGGUCAUCGCCAAAGUCUUGAGCCUGGGAUACCCGAGACAGCAGGCCAUGAAGAACUUGGUCCCCGAUGUACUAAAGAGGAUUCAAGCAGAGCUCUCCGUGCCACAUCCCGUCAAAGACACAAACGUCAGGGUGAGUCGAAAGAAUGCGUUGGAGUUCGGCUACGCGGUUGAGCUGACUGGCGAUCAAAAAAUGCUUUCGUCAGAGAUGCUGCAGCGAAUCGCAGAUCCCAUGUUCAUCGAGGCCCUCGCGGAGACGCUAUAUGACUCCAGCAGCAAUCGCAUCAGCAAGUCGCACUUGACCAUCUCUGAGGCAUCCUAUGGGGAGGCAUGGAACCUGGAGUUCGAGUUCAAAUACAAGUUUCCGGAGCAGGAGGAGGACACGGAGGAGGAUUCUACGAACUGUUAUUUGGAUGCCACUUGCGUCCUGUUUGAAGGCCAGGCUUUACGUGAAGUGGUGGACUACCGUGGAGCACAUGGCAUCCGCUGGGUGACAAAUGGUGUGCUGGACUAUCGCGGCUAUUGGGUUGGGCAGAUCCCGAUUGGAGAUGCCAGCGGUGGCGCGGUGCAUCACAUUGGUGGAUCUCAGAAUUAUGCUGCAAGGGAAGGGAAGACGACAUGUCAGGUCGAGUUGGAUAAACUGCCGGCCAACGUCACCGACGUUUUCUUCGUGCUGUCCAACCAUACCACUCCGGUGGGUGCUUUCAGCGGAGUAUCUCUCCAGGUCAAGGAUGUGAACCAUCCGGGACACGAAGUGACGGGGGUCUACGAGCUGGCUGCAUCUGACCCCAAAGAGUCAGCUCUGGUUGCCUGUCGCUGCAGCCGAUCGCCUGCACUGGAGACGGGAUUGUGCGAAGACACCUGGACACUUGACAUGAUGAGCAUCUCCUGUGGUGGCCAUGCGAUGGACUACCGUCCAGCUCUGCAGAGCCUCUAUGCCGCCCAAGCAGCGACCCGAAACACAAGAUCGGUGCAGUGGCCGUGCCGCGGAGGCAAUUCCCCAAGAGGGGCCCUGCAGGACCGGCCAUAUGGCCUGCCAGCAAUCAAGCGGCCGAUGAACGAGCUGCCCAUGCUGGGCGUUAACUCCGAGCUUCCUGAAGGACUGGCAAGGGUUCGGACGCCCUCCCGAGACGAGAGCUUACCGGGCUUACCGCCAGUGUCCGCCAGGAACAGACAACCCGAUGCGGCUGUGCCAAGCGCUGGCUACGGCAAGCAGGGUAGUCCUCCACAGGGAGAUCCCGAAAAGAUGAGCCUUACGCCUUUGCCGCCCCUGGAUUCACCGAAGGUCCUCGAAGCUCGGUCCGGGCUGCAGGAGGUCGUAGGCAUUGGCCGGCGGCUUUGCUACAUUGCCUGCGCAAAAUUGCAGUGCUCCGAUGUUGCAGGGGCGCAAGCUGUCCUCGAGGAGGUGGAUCAGCUUCCUGGUCUGGGUGAUGCAGUUGGAGAUCUUUGGCAGUCGCCUCCACGACGUCUUCGCCUAUGCGAAUCCUGCAAUGUAGCCGGCUUCCUUGAGGUGUACAUCCAAACCCUUGGACUAAAGAGCUUUCUUGAAACGGGCGAGCUGCUCCCAGAGGUCGCCCCACAGUGGAAGACUGGCAUCCCCGAGUUCGACAACGAGUGCUACCUGCUUGGUGCCAUAAGCAGCCUGAGGGAGUUGGAACGGUAUGCUGUGAAUCGUGGGCAGUCCCUCGAUCUUCGUUCGGUGAAGUUUUGCCUCGAGCUAGCGCAGACGAUGGAAGAGGCAUUGAUGCAGUUCAAUUUCAGGAAUAGUGCUUUGCGAGUCCGUUUCGAUGGGGUGAAGUACACGGUCAAGAAGCUGGAGUCGUUGGUCUACGAGAUCGACCUGGCAAGGCAGCGCGAUCCCUCAGCAAUUCUGACAGAGGAGAAAGUGCCAGCUGGGGACGAUCUGGCUCCAGAUCCAAGCUCGGCUAGCGAUGUCCGACCAGCAUUGAACUUGGAGAAUCUUGGCAUUAUCAAGCUCGGGUACGAUGACUUCGAUGAGCGUCGGGAGCAGGUAAUGAAACAGUCGCGCGACGUUGUCAAGGCAGCAAAGAAUGCCAUCUACGCACUGCAUCGUUCGGAUGAGAAGAGAGCAGAUGAGCAGCUGCAGCGUUGUGCGCAGAAGGCCAACGGCAUCUACGCAUCGUUUGCUGCAGCCUCGCCCACAUUGAGAAUCGGAUUCUUCAGCGGCGCCUUGGAGGAGUUAGCCGAGGCACUCGCAUAUCGUGCCUUCCGGAUUGACGGCAAGCUGCUGAGCAUGGAAGAGAUGCAAGACAUCAGCGGCCUAAAAUUCCCUUUGCUCCUGGCCGAGUACUUGGGCGGCCUCAUGGACCUCACAGGAGAGGUUGGUCGACUUGCUGUACGGACCGCCAGCCGAGGUCGUCCUGGGAAGGAAUGCAUCGAAGACUGCCUGGCCUGCGUGCAGGCAGUUUACGACAGCGUUUCCCUGCUCCCGUUCUUGCCUGGAAGCUUGGGCAAGAAGAUGAGCCCUUUGAAGGGCACCUUGGGAAAGAUUGAGCAGGUGCUCUACGAGCUGGCUUUGCUCUCGCAAGGUGUAUCCCUGAAACCGAGCGAAGAUGCCGACGAGUGA